CGGGAAGGUCUCGGAGCUGGGGGGGCCGGGGAGCCCGCGCGAGUUCCCUUUUCCUUUGGAACAAAGGAAAGUCUGUCUCUGAGGCAUCUGUCACUCCCGGGCGGGCCAAGGGAGCGGGGCGCGUGGGGCCGGCGACCCGAAGAAAGUUUGUGCGCGCCGGGUCCUUCGGGCAGGCCGAGUCGGAGCCGAGCCUCCCUCGGCGUGGGGGAAGCGCGCCGUCUCCGGGGCAGGGGGCGGCCAACAUGGAGUCUGGGCGCAGGGCUGGUGGGGGGGGGCGGUGCGGAGGUGGGAGCCCAGCCCCCUCCCCUCCCCCUCCGGGCCGAGUUCGGAGCACAAAGCCGAGCGCGCAGGCUCGGCCGGCCCCGCGCCCCGAAGAGUCAGCCAGCGCCGAGCGGCGGGGGAAGGGGGGUGGGAACCAAACUUUUUCCUGCCCCGGGACAGACACACUUGUCUGGGGUCUCGCCUUGCCCCUAGACACCAUGUCUGACAGUGACCUGGGCGAGGAGGAAGGCCUCCUCUCCCUGGCAGGCAAAAGGAAGCGCAGAGGGAACCUGCCCAAGGAGUCAGUGAAGAUCCUCCGGGACUGGCUGUACCUGCACCGCUACAACGCCUACCCCUCAGAGCAGGAGAAGCUGAGCCUUUCUGGACAGACCAACCUGUCGGUGCUACAGAUCUGUAACUGGUUCAUCAACGCCCGGCGGCGGCUCCUCCCAGACAUGCUUCGGAAGGAUGGCAAAGACCCCAACCAGUACACCAUUUCCCGCCGCGGGGGCAAGGCCUCCGAUGUGGCCCUCCCCCGGGGCGGCAGCCCCUCCGUGCUGGCUGUGUCUGUACCGGCCCCCACCAACGUGCUGUCCUUGUCCAUGUGUUCCAUGCCGCUCCACUCGGGCCAGGGAGAUAAGCCAGGAGCCGCCUUCCCACAAGGGGAGCUGGAGCCCCCCAAGCCCCUAGUGACCCCUGGUAGCACGCUCACUCUGCUGACCAGGGCCGAAGCUGGAAGCCCCACGGGCGGACUCUUCAACACACCCCCGCCCACACCCCCGGAGCAGGACAAGGAGGACUUCAGCGGCUUCCAGCUGCUGGUGGAGGUGGCGCUCCAGAGGGCUGCAGAGAUGGAGCUCCAGAAGCAGCAGAACCCGUCACCUGCCUUGCUGCGCACUCCCAUUGCCUUAGUCCCUGAAAACCCCAAGUAGGCAUCUGCCAGCAGGGGUGCUCAAGGUUCGAGCCCGCUGUCCUGGGUUUCCAUUCUCGUUCCCCUUCCCACAGAGGGUUUUCUUUGGAUCACUGCCAAACAUCAGGAUCAUCUCCUCUGUCCAGAGGUCUUCAGCAGGAAGACACCAGCUGGUGUCACUGCGCUGUGACGGGACCUCUCUGCUGACUCUGCCGUUUCUCUAGGCCUGCUCGGUGACGAGACCAAGACAUGGGAGACAGGCGUGGUGCUGCUGCUGCUGCUGCUGCUUCAGAGAAUCCCCAGGACGCCUUUGUUCCAGCCUGCUUUCCUGGGCUGGGCACGGGAAACCGGCCUCGUUCAGACCUGUGCUGGGUCCAAGUUGCCCCUGGCAGGGCCUCUUUUUGUUAAGCCAAGUGUGGACAUUCCAGGUUCAUAAGUGUGAACAGAAGAAAAGAGGUACUGAUCAGAUGUAACAGAACCGAGUCCAGUUGGAUGUUUAGGUUUUCGCCAAACUUUAUGUUUAUUUUUCCCUCUUUGCUGUGGUCUGCAUGAACAGGCGUAGUUAAACCCGGUGUGGGGAAUGAGAGUGCAUUGCCUGAUGAGCUGGGACUAGUUCACCACUGCAACUGGGGAUUGUUUUACAAGGAAGGAGUAUUUUCAUUUGGGGGACCAUCUAAAUCUCUGCAAAUUUCCAAAUGGUUGUUUUGUUGUUGGUUUGGUCCCCGCCUCCCCCUCACAAAAAAAAUAGCAGAAACACUUUCAUGGGCUUCAGCUUUUCUGCGUCAUGCACAGAAGGGGAUCAAGCCACACCAGAGGGGGUCUAGCAGAGAAUCCGACCAAACCUUCUACGUGCAGAGCAGAGAAGGAGGAUGAAAACAGAGGUGUUUUUGGUUUUGUUUUUGGUUUGUUUUUGUUUGUACUGUAUGGUGGGGGGGUGGGGGAGGUAAGCUAGACUGAGGCAGUGGGGUGGUUUGUUUUUUUAUUUCCCUCUUUAAUCUUUUCUCCUUCUUUAUCCUUGAAAGCUUCACCCCAUGGCCUGAGUUUUGAAUUCCUUCUAGGAACUUGGCUUAGUGGGGCUGUAAUGUCAAAAAGUUCCCUGUAGCUCCUGCUUGGAGAGAAGUGAGCCAUCUACUGGUCAGGAAGCCCUUAAGUGGGCAGCUUUUCCCAUGAUGGUGGCCGGAGACUGUUCCCGGAGGAAACAUGGGAUGGUGCCCCCUGCUGCCUGCGGACCUGCCUUGGGAGAGGCUGGGGCUAGAAGCCAGUUAUGAAGCCUGGUCUCUGUGAGUGUCUCUUUGUUGCACCUUUCUUUAAAUCGGAGCUGCAGAAGCCCCUGCCCUGAACGUCACAGUGAGAAAGAUCAGUUAAGUCUUCUUCUCCUUCCUUCUUCUCCUUCCCCACCCCCCCUUUUUUUUUUUUUGGCUGUUUCGUUGCUGAUAGCAUUCAACAG